AUGGUACAAGAAGUGGUUUGCUCAUCUCUUAGUGUGGAUAUCAAGGAGAAGCAAGCACUGGAUCCUAUCUUGAUAAAAAUCAAGGGUGAUAUUGGUGAGCAAAAAGUUUGUCGGUUGCAGAUAAAGUAUUUGGCUUUGGUUAAGGUUUUAUGGAAGAACCUUAAGGUAGAAGAAGCUACAGAGGAAGCGGAGGAGGAGAUAAAGUCCAAGUAUCUACAUCAAUUUUCUAAUCUUGGGAUUCGUGUGGAAGAAACUGAGCUUAUUGCUACCGUUGAAGCUCGUAAAGAAUUAUUUUGGAUGAAGAGAUUCUUGGGGGAACUUGAUGUUUCUCAAGAGAGUUACUGUAAAAUGUAUGGCCAUGAUGCACAAGUUUACAAAAAGAAGUCACCUAUUGUGAUUCAACAACAAGCAGAGGAUUUGAAGAAGCCGCAUCUGAAUAAACAGGCAAUAAUCAAGGCAGUAGGUCAACAAAAUGGCGAAGAGAAGAGUAUACAAGGGGACAGUGCUGGAAAUAUGGGUAGUAGAACCAUGACUCAUCCUGAGGAUGAGAUGCAUUUGCAACAAAAGAUUAUGGUAACCUGGCUUAAGCUAUGUGAUGAUAACAUAAGAUACUUCUACUCUGUUAUAAAACAUAAAAGAUCACAACAAGCAACCACUCAAAUAAGCGAUGACAUGAAUAUAUGGCAAUAUGAUGCUGGAAAGAUAGCUCAGGUACUUGUUGACUACUAUAAGAAUUUUUUGGAGAAAAAGAACCAUGUACAAGAGGUCAUCAAAAAUGGUUCUACACUUGUAGUAGAUCAGCAACUGGCAUUGCUACAACCUUUUGAGACUGAGGACAUUAAGAGGGCAAUUUUCAGCAUUUAUAACACUAGAAGUCCAAGUCCUGAUAGGUUUAGUAGCGGCUUUUAUAAGUCUUCUUGGAAAAUUAUUAGUGAUGAUAUUAGUGCAAUUUUCCAUGAGUUUUUUCACAAUGGGAAGAUCCCCAGCUAG